GAUUCCCAGCACUGGUCCUUUCUGGAACCUUCUCCGUAAUGGUCUUUCUCAACUCAACUUCCUCCUUUCCUCAGCACCUGAGAUUUCUCAAGGUCAGUUUUGGCUGCAGAACAUGUAAAGCAAAUGAUGGCGGCAGAACUGUGAGAAAAAUCCAUGCCUACGCGCAGUUGGAGAGCAGCAUCCCCAUGAUUGGGUGUUCUUUUGGAUAUUUUCCACAAGAUUUUAUGCAGGUAUUUCAGGAAUAUUUAAAAGAAAAGUUCGUCUUCUUAUUCAAUCUGCUUGGUGUUCUGCCUGACCAUUUUCAUCCUGGGCCUGCUAUUUUUUAUUUUCUUUGUAAAUUUGCCAUUAUUACUGCCUACGUGGGAAUUGUGUCAUUUGCAAUUUUCCUCUGGAGCACCGUCCUUGCUGUAAAGCCUCGAGUAUAUCAAGUUAUUUUACGGCAAAUUUCUAAGAAGAUAAAAAAUUUCAGGAAUGAGAACACUGAACUUGAAGAACAAAUAUCUAGUUUGGAACAGAAGAUCAACAUAAUGAAGAAAUAUGUUCAAGAAACUGAAAGGGAAAAUAAGUUUCUCUGUGAUGAAGCAUGUAAAUUUAAGAAUUGCAUUGAAACACUCAAAAGGACCAAUGAAGUCCUGAAGGUCAUCAUUCAAAGUAAAGCUGCUAAGCUACAACAUGAGAGAGAUCAGAAUGUCAAGAAUCGGCAUUUGAUAGCAGAACUAGAAAAAUGUACACAGAACUGGAAAGGUGAUACUUCAAUGAACACUUCGGGAACGUUAGAGACACAAGAUACACGUGAUGGAUUUGAGGAUUUGAAGCUGAGAGCUUCAAGGUCCAACACACGUAACCCCGCAGUAAGCAAAAAGAACUUGGAAGGCAACUGGGAUCCAUCAAGGUCUGUGAUAGCAGUAGAGGAGGCUGAACUCAAAAAUGCUGAAGAUUAACAUAGACAGCACUUAUGAAAUCUACGAAGAAGGAAGGCAAGCCAUAGA